AGGAAAAAAAGGCAGAUGAGUCCUUUAGUUUUUACUUCCGGGUUACACUCCUUCAUGCUAACGUGAGCUAGCCGCCUUCCUGUUAACGUCAUUAGUUUAUCCUAGAAGAAACAAAAAUCCCUCUUUUCGUCCGGAAACUUCAUAACAACCGUCUGGGUCCUUUAAAGUCUAUGCGGCCACUAUGCACGGACAGUAAUAAUAAUGAAACCUCAAACGAAGGAUGUGCAUGGGAAACUUCUGCUAAAACAUAACUGCAGUCACGAGUCGUCCCUUGGAAACUCCCUGGAGUGGUGCAACUGUUGCCAUUUCCUCCCAUAAUCCGCCAUGUCGUUACCAAAUGAGUCGGGGAACCGAGGGAAAGAUCGAGAGAGGGGGGCCCGUCCCAAGGUGAGGCAGAGUCGAUCCGAGGAGAGACGAGAUUCAGGCGGCGGACGGAAAGGUGGAAAGGGGAAGAAAAAGGGCCUCGCCUCCCACGAACCAGCAGCGGAGCGGCCCGUCAGCGACGGCUUUGAGUAUGGUGAGUUGCUGGGUGAGCUGGAGAGCAGGGACCAGUCUUCCUCAUCCUCCUCCCCUCUCAGGGACAGUUGGAGAUGGCAGGGUUUGGAAGUUGCCGCCUCUUUACUGGGACAGGAACGGGUAACAGCCAGACCUGGUCUGGGAACAGUUAGCUCUGCUGCAGAGUUGUCUGCACCCAGCGAAAGUGAUGGCAGAGGAUCAAGCAGCAGUCGCACUCUCAGGCAAAAAAUCCAGGAUGCAAUGGGGCAGUGCUUCCCAAUAAAGACACACAGCGCAGCGGCACCAGCUCCGCCUUCACAGGCUCUUUCAUCAGCAACUGCUUGUGCCUCCUCGAGGCGGAAGAUCCAUCUCAGUGAGUUGAUGUUGGAUGACUGCCCUUUCCCCGUAGGAUCCGAGCUGGCUCAGAAGUGGUAUCUCAUUAAGCAACACACGGCCCCUAUUACUCAGACUCCCUUGCUAGAUUCUGCAGUGGUGUGCAGUGCCCCAACUUCAGCCAUGGCUACGGUGGUGGAGGACGUGGACGACCGGUUACGAGAGCGCAGGCGCAUCAGCAUCGAACAAGGGGUUGAGCCACCUCCCAACGCAGAGAUCCACACGUUCGAGGUGACGGCCCAAAUCAACCCUCUCUACAAGCACGGCCCCAAGCUGGCUCAUGGUAUGAAUGACCUGGCCGGGACCGACAGAGCCGCUGUUCAUCAGCAGCAGCAGCAGCUUCUUCUCCAAAGACAGCAGCAACACCAACUCCUAUUACAGAGCUGCUUGGACACGCUGGACGAGGUGGUGGCCUCAGCGUCGGCCUCUGUUCACCCAUGUGACACCGUCUCUGAUCCUGUGGUUGACCCAGAGGUGCCGGCCGCCAACAUAACCCCUAGAGCCAUACUCCCUCAGACUGAGCAACAGAAAUCUCACGACGGCUACCGCAUUCACACUCAGAUUGAUUACAUUCACUGUUUAGUUCCAGACCUGCUGCAGAUCACCAACCUCCCGUGUUACUGGGGGGUCAUGGACCGCUACGAGGCCGAGACGCUGCUGGAGGGAAAGCCUGAGGGCACCUUCCUCCUGCGUGACUCCGCCCAGGAAGACUACCUCUUCUCCGUCAGCUUCCGCCGCUACGGCCGCUCGCUACAUGCGCGCAUCGAACAGUGGAACCACAAUUUUAGCUUCGACGUUCACGACCCCAGCGUCUUCCACGCUCCCACAGUCACGGGACUCCUAGAGCACUACAAGGACCCAAACUCCUGCAUGUUCUUCGAGCCCCUUCUGUCGAACCCCAUCCACCGCACGCAGCCCUUCAGCCUGCAGCACAUCUCUCGGGCCGUCAUCAGCAGCUGCACAACCUACGAUGGCAUUAACAUGCUUCCCAUUCCAAAUGCUUUGAAAAAGCACCUGAAAGAAUACCACUAUAAGCAGAGAGUACGUGUACGGCGUAUGGACACCUGGUGGGAAUGAAGGACAACAAAAGAAAAAGACUAAAAGAAACUACCAAAUACUUUUAAAUGCAACUCUCUCCUAAAUGAACUGAACUGAGUUCUCUGUUGGAUGUAUUAGCCUACACCACACUGUACUUAUUUAUUUUAUUCCUGCUGUCUUAACAAUUGUACUAAACCACACUGAUGAGGCAAUAUGUAAUCUCACACUCAAGAGUUCUUUGUGCUCAGAUUAAACAAACUUAUUUCAA